GAGGGGGAGGAGGGAGGGGAUGGCCUCAAACUCAGUGCUGCCUCCCCCAACCCCAGGGCUAAUGAGCUCCCCCCAACACACCCUUAUGACUCAACCUAAAAUAAGGAAGGAAGAUAGUCAGUGGGACUGGGAACUGAGUGAGAGAUAAUAGGGAAGGAAGGGGAGCUGGCAAGGUAUCAGACGCUGGCUUUGGACUCAUCAGCACCAGGAGAAGACAGCAGUGGACAAUGACUGUCAUGGCGCUGUUCCUGGGGUUGGCCCUCCUGGCCCACCUCUCGGGCCAUCUGAACGCUAUGCCCACCUUGGAAGGGCCUGUCAAAAUGACUGGCCCCUGGAAAGGGAAUGUCAACAUCGCCUGCACCUAUGGGCCCAUGGAAGGUUACACCCAAAUCCUGGUGAAGUGGUUGGUCCAGCAGGAUAAUGACCCCGUCACCAUCUUUUUGCGAGAUUCAUCUGGAGACCACAUUCAGCAGGCCAAGUACCGAGGCCGCCUACAGGUGAGCAGAGAGCCCCCUGGAGACGUGUCCCUGCUACUGGAAACCCUGGAGAUGGAUGACAGGGGUCGCUACCUGUGCCAAGUAACCUGGAAGGGCCCUGAUGGUAGGCAUCUGAUGAGAGAGCGCCAAACAGAACUGCAAAUCCAGAAACUUCCUGCCUCCAAGCCCCUGGUGACCACAGGCUCUGGUUACGGUUUCCAGGUGCCCCACGGCAUGAGAAUCAGUCUUUUGUGCCAAGCCCAAGGCUCUCCACCUAUCACCUACAAGUGGUACAAGGGGCAGCCAGAUGGGAAUCCGACCCAGGUGACUUCUCUUGGCACCCUCUUAUUUAAGCCUGCUCAGGUCUCUGACUCUGGGACAUACUUCUGCGUCGCCAAGGCUCGCAUUGGUUCUGAGCAGACGAGUGACGUUGUCCACUUUGUGGUCACAGACUCUUCCAAGAAGCCUACAUCAGCAACGUUGCCUGAGGAACUAACAGCCAGCACACUCAGCCCUGAAGUAAUACACCAGUCAACCACAGUGACCCCAGCUAAAGACCAGCCAUCCACAACAGGCAGCUUUUCGGGGGCAAGCACCAUUGGACUAGCAACGUAUAGUGCUGCUACAGAGACAUCAUCUGGGAAACAGACAACCAUGGAGGCGGGCCAUGCUGGGACGAGCAGUGAAAGGCCAGGUUCAAUUUCGGGAGUUGCAUCGAAGGACCAGAAAAAUGCCAGCAAAAGAACAGGUGGACAGGGCCUGCCCCUCUAUGCCAUCGUCCUUAUCGCCUUACUCUGCCUUGUACUCGUCUUUGCCACGAUCUUUGGAUUCUGCCGGAGGAAAUCACAAGGUGACCACACCUAUGAAGUGGCCAGAGACAGAAACCGUGGUUCAGAAGUGCUUCUACAACCUAGAAGUGACCAAGCUGGGAACUGAACCCACGUUCCCCAAUUCCGCUGCUGGGGCUGAGGAAACAGCCCUACUUUGAUCAGCUUCAAUCAUUCAUUUAGUCAUUAAUCAUUUCUUAAGUACCUACUAUGUGCCAGGCACAAUUCUGGGCACUUGGGAUACAAAGACAAAAAUUCCACAGGCCCCUCUUCCAUCAAGAUGCUUCUAUAUUAUUGAGGGAGUGAGAUGAGCUUGUACCAAAUAAAUGAUCAUUCCCAAAGUGGAAGAGGGUCCUAGCAACUGGAGGGCAACCAGGCCACGCCCCCUGGUGGGAGCUGGGAUUUCAGCUGGACCUUGAAAGAAGAGAGGGACUCUAUGAGGAAGAAAUGAGGAGGUCGGCAUCACAGACAGGGUCACAGCCUUACAAAGACAUGGAGGUGGGAAGUGAAGAAGCAGAAUGUGUAAACCUAAAAUAGUAACCUGGAACCAGAUUGUGGAGUGGCUUUCAAGGCCUUUAUCCUGGAGGCAAGCAGGAGUUACUGAUGUUUGUUGAACAGGAGAGUGACCCAAUUGGGUCUGUGCUUUAGGAAUAGCAAAUUUGGUGGCUGUCAGGGGAUAGGGAGGAGAGGCAGUAGGGAGAGACUAGAGGUCUAGUCUAGAGGAAACCAGUUAGGAGACUACAGCAAGGAGAGGUGACAAGGACAUGACUCUAGCUCUAGAUCUAGGAGGUUGUAUGACCUUGGACAAGUCCCUUCCCCUCUCUGGGCCUCAGUUUCUCCCACUGUAAAAUGAAGGGGUUGGACUAGGUGGCCUCUGAGAGCCCUGCUAGCUCUAGACCUUGUACACAACAUUGUGAGUAGAUUUUCUCCAUUUUAUAGAUAGGAAAGAAGAGGAAAGGCCUCAGGACAGGGGGAUCCUGGGCCCUGUUCUCAUCCCUCCCCAGCUCUCCCUGAACCCCUUCUUCCACUCUGUUCCCUUCUCCACCUUGGGUGUUGUUGG